CUUUCUUAUUUUUGCACAAUUGCUAUAUUGGUUUGAUCCAGUGAUCGUGAAACCAUAGCAGUGUGUCCCCGUAGUGACCGACCAAACAAACCAGGUUAAUACCGAAAACUGAUUAAUCAACGAUCCUCCCGGCCAGCAUGCCUCGCCCGAGAACCAUUGCUGCUUCUACUAGAGCCAACCGAAACGAGACAAAUGACAAUGAUACCAAUCAAGACGAAGCAAAUACCGAUGCUGGCCAAGAAAACCAACAGAACCCUAUCUUCAUUGAGGGAGAUGAGAACGAAGAACAACGUAUGGUGACUUUGGAGGAGUUCAACGACAUGAUGACCGGCUUGACGACCAUAAAGUCCGACUUGCUGAAGAAGAGCUCCGCAGUCAAACCAAGGAUGGGGAAAUCACCCUUCUGCGCCGCAAGGUUGUGGAAAUUGAGAAUGUCAGACAGCAGCUUGCUGAAGCGAAAGCUGAACGUGAUGCAUUUGGGAGCCAGAUCGCCCGUCUGGUGAUGGAUAACGCC